AUGGAAGAGUGUAAAGAGCUGUUUCAAAGCAGAAACCAGAAGAGCAUAAAGAAAGCGGUGGAAGCCCUCAGAGAAAAGCUGGGGGUAAAACAAGAGCGCAUAAAGGAGGUGGCGUCGGAGAUAACGGAGGAAGAGGGCAGGAAGAUGGUUGAGAUAAUAGAAAAGAAAGUUAUUUGUUAUAACAAGUGCAGAAAAAUGUUCUCAAAAAGUAACCAAUCAGCGCACAGCAAGACACCAAGCAAUUCAUUCAGCCGUUAA